GUGAAGCAGUGAGACAGAGGAGAGUGCAGAGAGCAGUAAGAGACAGAGAAAGACAGCGACACGUCAGCUCUCCAUUGAAACUUCUCUUUUUAAAAAACUUUUUUUUUUCCCCACAAAGGAGAAUGUCGGUGUUUGUGCACAUGUUGUUCAGCUUGCUUGUGGUGCUGUGCAGCUUCAGACUCAAUGAUGUGGCUGAGGCUUGCUCCUGUGCCUUGUCACAUCCCCAGGAUGCCUACUGCAAUUCCGACAUAGUGAUCAGAGCCAAGGUGGUUGGGAAGAAGCUGCUGAAAGACGGCCCAUUUGGAACAAUGCGCUACACUGUCAAACAGAUGAAAAUGUACAAGGGGUUUAAUAAGAUGCAGCAUGUUCAGCACAUCUACACCGACGCGUCUGAGAGCCUGUGCGGCGUGAAGUUCGAGGUGAACAAGUACCAGUACCUCAUCACAGGGAGAGUGUUUGAUGGGAAGGUGUACACCGGGCUGUGCAACCUCAACGAGAAGUGGGAGAAGCUGACACUGUCUCAGAGGAAAGGUCUGAACCACCGCUACCAGCUGGGCUGCAACUGCAGGAUUAAGCCCUGCCAUUACCUGCCCUGCUUUGUGACCUCCAAGAAUGAGUGCUUAUGGACGGAUAUGCUGUCAUACAUUGGUUACCCUGGGCACCAGUCCAGACACUAUGCUUGUAUCCAGCAGAAAGAGGGGUACUGCAGCUGGUACAGAGGAUGGGCACCCCCCGACAAAACCAUCAUCAACACCACUGACCCCUGAGCGACCCCCACCGCAAACACAGAGAGACAGAGAGGGGGGAGAGGGGGGAGAGGGGGGAGGGUCGAUGGGACUCUUAAUCCAAUGUGACAAUGCAGUGACACAUUCGUGCCUGUUGUUUCCUUGCAGAAUUAGCACUUCAAUUAUAUCUAUGCCAUGCUGUAAUUCUUUUAUUUUUCAGCAGAUUUUAUAUUUGAUCUACAACAGUGGUCUUCAACCUCCUUUUAGUUUGGUUUAAUUCACAUGAGAAACAACUUUUUUUUUAGCUUAAACAAACAAAAGCAAUAACAUUUAUUAAAAAAUACAUGUUUGAAACGAUUUGGCUGAUUACUCUGUUGACGGUAUUAGCCAAAAUGUUAGUCUACUUUAUUUUAGUGUUUACCUUUUUAAUAUCUGAAGCUGGCCUUAACUUUUUUUGUUUAAAAACUGUUAAGAAUUUGGAUGGCUAAAUGUAUGUUCAAACAGAUCUGAUAAACCUCACCAAGUGUUUGUCAACUUUAAAGUACAACCCUUAUAAAUGUUUCCCAUAGUAAAAGAAUAGUGUUAUAAAGCAUAGUGAAAGCAUGGUAAAGCAUAGGCAAGCAUUGUAAAGAAUAGCGAGGUAUGGUAAAGAAUAUUAAUAAAUCAGGCAAACCAGGGUAAACUAAGGUAAAUGCAGAGUAUAACCAUGGGAAAAGCAUGGUUAAACUGUAAAAAUACCAUGUAAAAUACUGUGGUAAACCUUUAUAAGGGACUAGACAACGCCUAGAACCUAUUUUUACAAAGGUUGAAGUCCACUGUUUCACAUCACCCAUUUGUGUCAGACAAAAAAAAAAAAAAAGGAUUUAAGAAGUUCUUGAACAAUGCUGUUAUCUGCAGUUUAUAGAGAGUUUUGUUUUAUAUAUAUAUUUUAUUAAAUAAAUGUAUCUGAUAAUGCCAUUUCUAUUUAUUACUGUUCCCCUUUAUUUUCUGUACCUUGCAGUGUGUUAUGGGCGACUCCUUUUUACGAAUAGUUGUUAAAAUAUAAUGUAUUCUGGACUUUUGUGGCAAGCAAAAAAAACUGGCCUUCAAUGUAAUACCCCAGAAAAGCAUGUUCUAUAUAGGUUAGAAGAUAUCAAGCCUGGUUUAUUAUGUGUGUGUGUAUGUGUAUAUAUAUAUAUAUAUAUAUAUAUAUAUAUAUAUAUAUAUAUAUACAUACAUACACAUAUGUGACAUAAGUCAAGUACAACAGGGCAUGAAAUAAAUGGACCUUACGUAUUAUCUACAGUUAAUACAUAAAUUACAUUACACAGUAAAAUCCAAAUGGAGUUAGAAAACUGUAACAAAAUUCAUGACCAUAUUCACAAACAAUUAAAUCAAGAGUAACUUGAUAAACACAUGAGUUACACAUUUGUGAAUGUCCAAAAAGCUAAGCCCACACAGAUUUCUCCUUUUCCUUUUUGCUCAUUAUAAACGGUACUUGAUUUUACUUCAUGCCUUGGGUACUAAAGAAAGGGCAUUUUGAAUGCUUUAGACUGUCAACUGGAGAAUUUUGAUUACAAAAAACCCCCCCAAAAAACCUCAAUAGUUUUCAGUGUUAAACGAUUCUGACAAAAUGGGUGCAAAUAAUAGAGCGUCACUUACCACAUUUUUAUUUUAUAUUUGUAUUUGUUUUGCCUCUGUAUAUAUUUUUUUGGACAUCUAAUAUUAUCUUCAGUUCAUUCCUCUUUUGAAACAGCGUUGUCACUCCUCACUCCAGGACUUACUGAAAGCUCCUUCACACAUACUACAGAUAUCACAGGGUCUGUUGUCAUGAUCUAAACCCUUAUUAGCAUUUCAGAAUGUAAGAAAAGUCCAGGCGAUGGAUAGACCUGCCUUGGUUUAGAUCAUUGGAACAAUGUGACCAUUCUAUACAUUGUCUUUGAAAUAUUUUGUGAUGAAGACUCACAAACGCCUCUCCAUAUUAACAAAGCACUAUUACAGAACAUAUUGGAAAUGUGCUCCAGCUUUGGGCUGCCAGGGCAAUAGGUAAGCAGUCUAAAGCAUAGAGAGGUAUGGUAAACUGCGAUAAAUGCAUAUUAGGAUCAUGGGAAAACAGCACAUUUAUCGUGCAACUUUACUGGGGUAAACUUUUAUUAGGCUGGUUAAACUAUGUUAGACUGAGAUCAGCAUGCUUCUAACACAUGCUAUCUAGAAUUAUGUGGCAACUCUGUUUCAAAGUGUUUGGGUCAUGUCCAUGUGUAAAUAGAAUGUAUUUACUCAACACAGACACCACAGAACGCUGUGUGGGCUUGACUCCAUGGUGACAGACUGCUAGAAGGAGAGUUUGUGAGGCACAUACCUAGUGCUGAGGUAGCCUUUUUCAAAAAGAAAAAAAAGAAAGAAAUAUGUUUGUCUUUUAAUCUCUUUGUUUUAUAUUUUUAUAAUAAAGAUACAAUUAAAAAAAAAAAAUCCUAGAACUUUACAAAGUGUGGUGUGCAGCUGUUAUACAGUACGAUUCUUUAUAAGCUUUAUAGAAAUCUGGCUGGAAAAAAUAGUGAUGCUUCAUUUUAAGGAACCAAGGAACUGAAUUAUCAGCAGCACAGUACUGUCUGUAUGUGUGGAAAGCAUCGCAUUAUAUAAUUGAAUCCAACACAAAGUGUUGCACAAACAAAUUCCAUGUGCAACAUUGUUUUUCUUGUUCUAAAAUAACAUGCAGAAGCAAUUGAAUGUCCACCAGCUAUAAUAUAUCUACAGACUGAUUGCAGUCAAAUGAUACCGUUAAUAAAAGGACUGCAUCAGAAAAUAAAAGUGUUUGCUGCAGACAGAGCAACGAUCUGAUUUGAGCCUGGCUUCAAUAAAGGUGUACGUGGUUAUCACAGGGGUCUGACUUGAAUCAAAGUGUAUGGUACUGCCAUAGCUAUACUUUGCAACUGUUAUGGCGAUGCUGACACAGUCACUUGGUUUACUUGUAAACAGCUGCUUCCCACUACUCCCUGUGGCUCUUAUUAGUUUCUAUUGGACCACCCUUUCUUUUCACUGGAAUGCUGUGGGAAGUAGGACAGAGUAAACGAGAGAACUACCAGCACAGACCAUGUACUGAGAGAAUGUAUCCGAUGCUAAACUGGCAGCACUGUUUAAAGUUUCUUCCGUGUUAUUUAUGACUUUUAUAUUCUGUGAAUGCAUUUGUCUUUGAGGUAACAAUUUCUGCAUGUCACUUUUUACAGUGUCCUUUAUUCUGAACAGUAAAGUAUUUUUUACUUCUCA